AUGGCAGGGAUUUCAAUAAAAAGACGUAUAAAAACAAAACAUGUAACAUCGGUUAGUGAUGAUGAAACCCAUGCAUUAAUAGAUCAAGAACUUCAUCGUUUAUGUAAAAGUUCUAAAUCGAAAUCAAAAAAGGAUAAAAAGAAAUCCGAUAAACUUUCUCUUCCCACUCAAAGUCUCAAUCCUGAUAGCGAUGUAGGACGAAGUACACGAGAAUCAUCAGUUGAACGUACAAUUAUAUAUAGAACUGAAUGUCCAUGUUCGACACAUUAUGAUAAACAACUGAUUGUACGUAGUUAUGAUAUAACUGUUAAUGAAUUAUUUGAUUUACUAUUUGGCAACAAUGAAUUUGUUCAAGCACAUAGAAAAGCUCAAAAUAUUUUUGAUGAUACAGCAACUGAUUGGAUUAUGAAUGAAGAAACGAAAUGUCGUGAACGAACACUUAAUUAUAAAAUACCGUAUGAUGCUGCAUUCGUAGGAAAAGCAACUAUUUCAACAACUGAGAAACAAACGUUAACUCAUGAUGUUGCUGGAUCUCAUUACGUAGUUGAUGCUGAAGUAUUCAAUGAUGGUGUUAAAUAUAGUGAUACAUUUUCUCUAUGUAUGCGUUAUUGUCUAUUACAAACAUCUACAAAGACAACUAGUUUACGUGUUACUGCUCUAGUUCGUUUUAAUAAAUCAGCUACUAGUUUAUUCAAACCAAUUAUUGAACGAAAUGCAUAUUCAUCAUCACUUGAAGGUUUAAAAAGUUUAAAUCAUCGUCUUAAUCUUCAUACAAAUUUUUCAAUGAAUAAACGAAAUUCAGAUCAAGGUGAAGUUUCAGUAAAUGUUCCAGUAGCAAUGAAUUCACAUGAUACACUUGCUAAUGGUCCAUUACAACAAAAAUUAAGUGAUGAAAGUAAAAAAACAGAACUUCAUAAAACUUCAACAUCACUUUAUCAUUCUAAUGCAUUGAUAUAUUUAUUUAUUAUUAUAAUUGCUUUUAUUCUAUGUAUUAAUUUAUACCUUUAUAUCAAACUUAAACAAAUGGAUAAGAUUGUAGAUAAGUUAGCACGAUCAAUAAAACAUAUUAUGUUUGCUAGCUCUCAAAUAGUAACAACAAAAUUAGUUCAUCAUGGUAAACGAAAUGAAAUACUUGAUGCUCAAGUUGAUGAUAAAACUGCGAAAGAUUUAUUAAACACGACUGUUAUUAUACCACGAUCUAAACUUGCUGUUGUUGGUGAAAGUCAGUCAGAAAAACUUGAACGAAAAGUUCAUGCACAAGAACGAAAACAAGAAAGACUUGUUGAACAACAAAAACUUGCACAACAUAUGGAGAAUUUAAUGGAAAAAGUAAUUCAUGAAACACCAUUAUCAAGAAAAGAUGAAGAUAAGUUACGUAAUAAACUUGCAAUUAUUACGAAUAAAGUAAAUAAACAAAUACACAAAACAGAUCAAAAUUCUGUUGGACAAUCAUCUCAAUUAAAUCUACGUUCAAAAUCAGAACAUCAAGGAGCUUUUCUUCUAUGGUCCGAUAAAAAUAUUCGAUGA